AUGAGUUUUAUCCAUUAUGAUAUACUAUUCAUUAGAGAUUUUCUUUUAUCUAUAAUACAAAUAAUUUUAGUGACCAUAUCAACAGCUACUGGUUGUUUCUCAUCAGACACAUUAGUUACAUUAAUCAAUCUACAACAAAUUCCAAUCGAAAAACUUCAAAUUGGUGAUGAAUUACUUACUAUUGAUGGAACUAAGAUUGUUUCUACUGAAAUGAUAAUGAUGCUUGAUCAGAAUCAACAUUCAUCAGUAAUGUUUUAUACUAUUAUAACUGGAUCUGAACAUAAAGUAAGUCUUACUAGCCAUCAUUUGAUAGGAAUGAUUAAUAAUGAUGGAGAUAUAAGUUACAUACCAAUCAAAGAUAUCAAACAUGGUGAUAUUCUUCGUGUUAUCACAAAUGGACAAAUUUAUUCAUCUCCUGUCAUCGAUAUAAAAAUGGAAAUAAAGAAUGGAUACUAUGCUCCAUUAACUAUGACUGGCACAUUAUUAGUGAAUAAUAUUGAUGCUAGUUGUUUUUCAAAUGUUAAAAAUCAUGAUAUUGUACAAUUUUAUAUGAGUCCUAUACGUUGGUACUAUAGAUUAAGUCGAUUAUUGUUCAUUGAAAAGCCAUUUGGUGAUAAAAGUGUCGAUGGAAUACAUUAUAUAGCACAGAUGUUAUAUGAGAUUGCUCUAUCAAUUUAUCCAUCGAUUUUGCAUUUCACCUAA